CAUAACCCAUUUUGUUCAGUUGCAACUGUUAUUUUCUCUGUCCCAGUGGACACUUGUUUCUAGUUAUAUCAUGCACAGGAGAUGAACAAUGCUGUGCACAAUCAGUUCUUUUAAUAUCUGUGAAGCCAAAGCAGCAAGGUGAAUUUGGUGAGAAUAUUUCCUUGGAGGCAGUUUGAGCUCUGAGCUGUCCGCUGUUUAGUGCUGAAACCCGAUAGCAUCUUCACUUCACAAAUUAGUCAGUGUCAGACCCUGGUAAUAUUGAAUGAGGUAAUAUUUCACUCAAUAUUCAAAUGUCAUUUUAUUUAUUUGAUCCAAAUGCUCUUUUAAAUAUUAUUUGUUGCAUUAACGUCUGCAUGCCUCUGUGUCCUCAGAUCACAAUGAUGACCAAACCGUACGGGAAGCCUGGAGAUGUGACUGAGUUGGUCAGCUCUUUGGGCUGGAUCGAGGAAGACCUGAGCUCUCAAGACGGGGAGCAGACACCAGAGAUAGGAGACCCCUACAACUUGAACAGAAGGAAUAGCCGCAUCCCCAUGGAUCUCGGCAGUGAGGACAUGGAAGAGGAAGAGGAAGAGGAGGACGGAGAGUGUGGACUGGAUGGGGAGAAGGCACCAAAACGUCGGGGACCUAAGAAGAAGAAGAUGACAAAAGCUAGGAUUGAGCGUUUCCGUGCCCGUCGAGUCAAAGCGAAUGCCCGAGAGCGCACACGCAUGCACGGACUGAAUGACGCCCUGGACAACCUACGACGAGUCAUGCCAUGCUAUUCCAAGACACAGAAACUGUCCAAGAUCGAGACCCUGCGACUGGCGCGCAACUACAUCUGGGCGUUAUCGGAGGUUCUUGAGAAUGGCCAGUCCCCAGAGAGUAAUGGUUUUCUAGAGACGCUCUGCAAAGGGCUCUCACAGCCCACCAGCAACCUGGUGGCCGGCUGCAUCCAGCUGGGUCCUACAGCCAUGCUGCUGACUAAACUGGACGAGAAGAGUGGACCACUGGAAGCAGUGGGCGCUCAGCAGACGCACACUUUGAGUUUCCCUUCACCUGGUCUUCCCAGCCCACCCUACGGCUCAUUGGAGGCCUCCCACCUUCUUCACCUGAAGGGGUUCAAAGGACCAACGUAUGAGAAUCCCUCACCCAAUGAGUGUAGUAACGGUACGCCGCCUUACGAUGGCCCUCUCACGCCACCCCUCAGCAUCAGUGGCAACUUCGCCCUAAAGCAAGAGCCUGACACGGAGAGGAACUACACUCCACAUCCCACACACCCAGCCCACUAUCUGUCUUCUCACCACUACCCAGCAUCCUCCAUGGCUGGAUUGCCUCAGGGCCAUGCACUGUUCCCUGGAUCCCGUUAUGAUCUACCUUUAGACAUCACUUUUGAGUCAUUCGCUACACCACACAUAGUGAGCUCACAGAUGGGCUCCAUUUACAACGAAUGA